UGAUCCGAACACACCUCUCGUUCCCGGCGUACUCAGACAUUAGCUGUUCUCGCACAGUGGAGUCAGGACGUGUGUGUCGUUCGGCAGAAAAAAAGUCCCUAAUAUUUUUUGCAGUUAGACGGGCCAGGCAGGAGUGGACUUAGCCCUUGUGCCGGAGAUGGCUUUGUAAACACUCGCACGACGGUUACCGUUAAAAUGUUCAACAUUUGAACCUGUGGGACGCAGAGGAAACAGCAUGGCUGCCCUGACUGUUCCAUUCUCUCUGAGCAAGUCUCCACUCAAGAUUCUCAACCGUGGGCCUGACUUUUUCCGCGAGCAGGCCCUCAGCAAUAACAAGAAGGAGUCCCGUCAGGGGAAGUCUGCACGGGAGCUGCUGGAAGAAACAAAGGGAAAGUAUGUGAAGAGUGUGAAAGUACGGGUGCAGAAACAAGAACCUGCAACCACCAAAAAUCCGCAUGCCAAGCCGAAGGUCAAGAACAAGCCAAACGCAUCGUGGCCCCCUGCGAAAAAGUCGGAAAGUAAGCCCGAAGUGCCACCAAAACCCAUCUCGAUUCUGACGAAGAACGAGGUAUCUACCUCGGUACCUGACAUGAAGCGACCGAGCCCCAGCAAAAGUGAGACAUCAUGCUCCAUGCCAGACUUAUUGAAACAUUCGCAGCAAGUUGACCAAAACAGCAAUACCAUAAUUGACACUUCUGACAGCUCCCAGGCCAAGAGGUCAAGCACAGAGACACAGGAUUCUUCAGAUGCAGAGGAGGCAAAAAGCAGUGAAUUCUUACAGACUUGUACAGCAGAGGAGCUUCUUUCUAACACCCAGAACUCUUUGAAGCACGUGGGAUUCCCUCUGCUGAGAAGCUUCAAACUGAACCCGACAAAAAAGCACAAACAGCAGGAGAGUUGUAGAGAAAGGCUUCGGACACGCAGUUUCUCAGGGUCCUCCCAGAAAAGUGGCAGCCUUCGACGAUCCAAGUCAGAUGUGGGACACAGGUUCCCACAAACACAAGCAGACAUUGACAAGUUUUUCAACACCCUAGGGUUUGACAAGGGAGUCUCCUCACCACUGAAACGGGCACAGGACACUCUGUUCACGAACAGCCAGUUUUUCAGUGACUCGAACUCUGUGAGCAUAUCGGUCAGUGAGGAUCGGGACUCCGCUGACCGGCCGGACGGUGAGGAGGGAGACAUGGACCGCAUCCCUGAAGGGCCGUCUGUGAUCGAGAGAAAUGCCAGAAUCAUCAAGUGGAUGUAUCACUGCAAGAAGGAGAGAGAGCACAGACCCACAAGUGGGGUCACAGACUUGUGAGAUACCCAAGACAGAAAGAAACCUAAGUUGUUCUUCAAGACAGCCCAGCAGCUACAUAUAGAAUCACCAGCAGCUUCACCUGAAUCAAGCGUUGAAGGAGGGCCAGCUACAUUACUUGUAUGAUGUGUUCGUUUAUGUCAGCAAAUCAAGGAACAGAAUUUGAUAUGUCAGACUGAAUUUCUCAAUUCUGUAGCAGAAAAAGUCAUACAUCAUGUCAAUAGUUGAUUCUGCCAUAGCCUUCUUAAAAAUCCCACAACAUAUGAAGAUUUUGACGGUGCCUUAAUUGCUGGCAUACGGACAUUUAGAUGAAACUUCAGCAGGAAAGACACUGUCUGACUUUCUACACUGCAGUGGCCCAUUUUUUAUUUAUGUUUGUUUCCUCAGCUUUAUGUACCUUUGUAAAAAGAAAAGAGCUUUGGUUCAGAUAAUAAUUAUAAACAGGAUUCUGGUGAGAUAUUGCAGUUUCUUGUGACUUAAACAACAUAUCCAGUAAAUGUAAACAACAGUAUUUGUUAAAGACCUGUCCAGUAAUGAAAAUGGACUACCAGCAGGGAAGAAGGGAAUCCAGUGCAUUAAAUGUACAUAGAGGUUGUUGGAACCCCAUGGGUUGGCAUUUUGAGUUACUUUAAGUUUGCCUGUCUGAUGUUUUGUGCCAGUACUUUGUCCUUAUGGAAGACUAUUGUUGUAGAAGGAUAACUGAGGACUGAUUCUGCACUACUGAUAAUGUACAUGUAUGUUCAUGACUGGUUAUCCAGAGAUGGGCCUUUGUUUCUUGGAACUUGACACGGUGCUUUAUCUUCAUGAAACAAAGCUUGUCUUCUGUGAGGAAUGUAAAUUCCGUGGAAAAUUUAAUUAUAUGUAGUUGCUAACUAUUUUAAACAGAAUUGCAUUGUUCUAGUUUGAUUAGUGUGUAACUGCUGUGUCAAACUUGCUUUUUGAAAAUUACAAUAUUGUACAUGUACCCCGAUAAUUUGCGUAUUUGGUUAGUGACUGUUACUGUAGCCAAUUCUGAUGGUUAAAAUUGUAAAUCAAAAUUAUGAUGUGUAUUAUCAGCCAAAUUGUGAACAGUAUUGCAUAGCUUGGCAUUUUGCAGAGUAGAGUAUAUAUUGUAAUUUCGGUCACAUUACUUAUGGAGAGAGUGUAAGAAAGUUGUUUAUAGUUUAUUGUUGUUAUGCUUUCUGUAGUCUUAGUUUUAAUUAAUGUGAAUGUUUCUGUAUUUACAGUAGCUUUCACUGGAACUGUUGAACAGUCAAAUGAUAGGAAUUCUUGGACUACUAUGUAUAAUUACUUAUAGUGUGGAGGUGUACAAAAGUCUAUAUAACAGAAAUACUUCCUUGCUAUUGUACUACUAGUACUUACUUUACUAUUGUUUUUGCCAGUCCUUAGGAUAAUACCUUUGUUACAUGUAUUGUGACAUCUUUGGAAUCCUACCAAUUACAGUAAAUUUGCUGGCCUGGUUGAUAUAAUCACUAUGAGCAUAAUGAGAAACAUAUAGUGUGUUUGUACUUGAUGACACUGCUGCCAUGCUAGUUGGUUGAGUGUAAGAGUUGGACCUAUAUACAUCUGCAUGUGUUAAUUACAUGACUGCAGUGUCAAAUUUAACUGACAGUUUCCAGGUCUAACUACCUAGCAUGGCAGACAAUAUUCACAUCAUAGCCACGAGUACAAACACCCUAUAGAGAACAAGGCUACAGAUAUACAUGUAGCAGCUGUACACACAUGAUGACAUGUAGCUAUAUCUUAGCAACCAUGCUUAUGUUAUAGUGAUGUACAUCUUGGAAUCACAUGGCUCUGUAUCCAUUGACACAUUUUGUGCUUGCUUGAGUGGCACUGAGCCAGCAAUUUUUGUGGCAAUGUUCAGUCGAUUUGUACAGCAGUUAGCACAUAUAUUACUACAGGUAUACUCCAAAAGCUGUAUAAAAUCAUGUAACACUUUUGUUCUGGACUAUUGGAGAUCUAAAGUAUUGUAACAUUCCAGGUGGAAAUGUUCUCCCAUUUUCUCCAGUAUGGCUGUAUUUAUACUAGUAUGAAAGUUGUUCAUUUGAUAUACAAAGUUGUUUAGCUCGUGUAGCUUUCCACAUACACGGCACCACAGGAUAAAAACAUAUGAUCGUUUUUCAGCAUUGAGCAAUCAAGUGUGAGUUAAGGCUUGCCAAAUGCUGAGAUAGAGUAAUGUUGCUUUGAUAUUUUAUGGAUCACACAGAACACAUAUCUUUGUACAAUGUUGCUCUGCUGAAAGGUGUCUCAGAUGACUUGUAAUAUCUUUGAAGUUUGUUUUAGCAGUGUAUGAUAAAAGCUGUAGUUUUGGUAUUUGUUACAAAAGUAGACUAUUGCUUUUUAUAUUUUGUUAAUGGCAGAUAACAGACUGAGCUUGUCACACCCCAUUUAUUUUUUUCACAUUGUUGUAGAACUCGAACAAAAUGUCCUUUUUGAUGUAAGUGGUCCAAAAUAUAACGGUGACAACAGGAAUCGUAUCAAACUGUUAGAUCACACCAAUUUGAUUUAUUGGUUGUUGGAUUCUUGUAGAUUAUUUGAACGUACAACUGAAGAUAUGGUACAUGCAAACAAACAAUUUAAAUUGGUGUGAUCUCAUGGUGGAUUUUACAACUUAAACAAUGUCCAGUGUCACUUCUGGUUGAAUUUGAUAUUACCAACAUUGAGUCAAUAGUGACUUUGCAUAUAGAAUGUUGCUAGUUGCUAACAUUCCAAUGCAGUUUUUGUGGAUU